GAACUUUAAUGGCAUUUCCAAACUUAUUUCUUUAUAUAAACCCCAUUACCACUCUCUUUUCUUGCCACCUUCAGUUUCAAAGUUUCAGCUACCAAAGCAAAUUCAGCUCACUCAAACAACAACCAACAACAAUGGCAAUGGCUUUCAAGAUGACUACAACUGGGAUGUGGGUCACUGAUGACUGCAAGAACUCAUUCAUGGAGAUGAAAUGGAAGAAAGUGCAUAGAUAUAUAGUUUUCAAGAUCGAUGAGAAAUCAAGGCGGGUUACCGUCGAUAAGGUCGGCGGACCUGGCGAAAGCUAUGAUGAUCUUACUGCUUCAUUGCCCAUCGAUGAUUGCCGAUAUGCUGUCUUUGAUUUUGAUUUCGUCACCGUUGAUAACUGUCGGAAAAGCAAGCUCUUCUUCAUUGCAUGGUCCCCAGCAGCAUCAAGAAUAAGGGCAAAAAUGCUGUACGCAACAUCCAAAGACGGGCUGAGGAGAGUGCUAGAUGGAAUUAGCUACGAAGUUCAAGCAACUGACCCAACUGAAAUGGGGAUUGAUGUGAUUAAACACAAGGCCAAUUAGGACUAAUCAUGAUUAAGUUUUAGAUUUAUAAACCAUCUUGCUCUUUUAUUUAAUAACUCCAACAACAUGUGCUGUCAUUUUUUUUUCUUUUUCUUUUCCCUGUUGUUGUGAUUUUUUUUGGCUAGAUUUCUAGCACUAAUGUAAGUUAAUCUUAAUGUAAUAAUAUUUUGAUGUUCCAUGUGUGCUUGGUUGUGAGCAAA